ACAAGGGCGUGGCUCAUUUCGAGUAAACAAGGAUGGGAAGGAAGAAAUCUACACUCAAGAGAUUGUUUGGAAGUAGGGAUAAGCCUCCUCCUACUAGUGAAGCAAAGGGUUCAGGUGUCGAUCCUUUUCAAGGCAGUACUUUGAAUCCUAAACGUUUGCAAAGAUGUGAAAGCUGGGAUGUUCAGUAUUUGGGAUAUGUUCCAAGUUUAGAGGACUGGCAUGCACCGAGCACAAGAACUGAAUUUAUGACUAUGAUUGACAAUGCACAAUCUAAUGGAAAUUUAUUGUGGGAGUCAUCAGAAGUUAAAUCUCUUCAUGUUUCAUCUCAGUGGUUAAUAAUUUCUGAUAAAAGCAAAAAAAUUGCCUAUGUUGAAGUUCCCAUGGUUACAAUUGGAAGUGUGUCAUAUGCUGAGGAUGACAACCGACACUAUUUGGGAAUUAAAGCUGCUAUAGUUAGUAAAGAUGGAAGGAGCCAAUACGUUUGCUACGUUAUUGAAUGUGACAAUGAAGCCACUGCACGCAAUAUUUGCUUCUCUGUCAAUGAGGUAUUUGACCUUUUACUAGCACAAAAGCAAGCAAUGGAGCGGCAAAAUGAAGCACAUGAUCCAGCCAUGAGGCCUGUUAUGAAACAUAGGCUUUCUACCUCACCAUCUGUGGGAUGGGGCUUCAUAUCUGCUGAUGAUUCGAGUAAUAUCACUGACGGAUGGACAAGGGAAGUGCAUAGGCGUGUUUCCUCUAUUGAUAAUCCACAAGAAAUGCUAGAUAGACAGUUUUCAGGCAUGCAUCACAGUGUAGGGGAUCCUAUACAGUCUCCAUCACAGCACAUGUCACUUUCCUCAGAAAAUAGCAGUUAUGUACUUGUGAGCCCUACAAAACAAGUUAGCAUUACAAAACCAGAGACGCAUGAUGGAAAUGUUCAGAAGCAAGAAUUGGAGAGCACCGAUGGAGUAGUUGUGUCUGGUCGCAUGGAUCUGAUUCUUAAAAAAGGAAAAAAGAGAGCAACAAUAAUUAAUGAUUCAGAGAGAUUUCAUGCUAUUUCACUCCAACCUCAACAAUUAAAGCCACAAACACCACGUCAAUUGCUUGCACUAAGGAUUGAAGGGGAUAGAGAAACAAGAAUUGAUGGUGGAUCUCAAGGUUCUUAUUUAAUGCAAACUAUCAUUAGUGAAAAGGAGACAGUAAUAUUAGGAGAUCAUGGACAUGCAGAGCUUGUUACUGGACCUAAUUUCAAUGGUUCCUUCAGUGAAGAUUACAAUGUUUCACUUCCACCUCAAACAAGAAAUAACGUACCACCUCCUCCUGCUCCUGGUAUUCCAUCUCUAAGUCUUGCAAGCAGUAGUACUCCUCCACCACCACCACCACCACCUCCUCCUCCUUCUAUGGCUCCUGGUAGCAAUGCACCACCACCACCACCACCACCACCUCCUCCUCCUCCUCCUCCACCUUCUACAAGUGCACCUGCACCACCUCCUCCUCCGACUAGUGUACGACCACCACCACCACCACCACCUCCUCCUCCUCCUCCUCCUACAGUUCCACAAGCUCCUCCAAGCACUAGUGCAGCUCCAUCACCACCACCUCUUUCUUCUCCGGGUCCUGUAGUUCCACCACCACCUCCUCCUCCUCCUCCUCCCGGUGGUAGUUUAGGCCCACCACCUCCACCUAGUGGUACAGCUCCUCCACCACCACCUCCACCUCUUUCAGGUAGCUUUUCUAGUCCUCCUCGACCGACAGUUUCAGUUGAUGUGCAAGAUCCUCCAGUUCAACAACGCUUACCGUGGAAAGUAUUAAUUGGACCAACAGAUGAUCCAAAAGAUCCAGCUCAUAAAACCUAUCUCGCUCAAGUAAAAGAAGAAGUAGGAGAUCUAGAGUACAAGAAGUUACGUAAUGAUUGGCUGGCAUAUCAAAAGUGCUCCAUUGAUGUCGUUAUUUUUGCCAAACGAAUAAAAUUAGUCUUGAGAGGAAACAGAGAUUAUCUCCGUAAUGAUGCAAAAGUGCUACUUGAUGUAGAAGAUCAGUCAAUGUAUUUGAGCAUUCUUCAGGGUCACACCCCAGUAGUCCCACAAACACCAAAAGUGCCAUCAUCAACACAAGCACCACAAAAGCAAAUUCAGUCACAUCAAACGAAAACAAGAGAAGCUGAAUCGUUUACACCACCUCCGGCUCGUGAUAAAGAAAAAGGAAAUGUUGUUCGUCCCAGUGACAUUAAGAAAUGGGGUCAGUUUGGUGAUACACACAUUGAAGAUAUUAAUGAGCACAAAUCCCGUCCUACACGAGGGAAACUUGGUGAUCGGCUGACGAUGUUUCAAAAAGGAGAACAAUCUCCUAAAACUUCAAGAGACGAGACAAGAACAAGAGAUCAUCGCAGUAGAGAUAGAUGGAGUGAUGAUGAUGACGACGACGAUGAUGACAGGCAAAAACCAAAGAAAAGUUCUCAAAAAGGAGAUCGAAAAAAAGAAAGAAGCAAAAAGGAUGAGUUGAAAAAGGAAAAGAAAAAGCUUGGAAAAGAUAAAAGUGACCAAAAGAAUAAGAAAAGUGAACAAAAGAAAGAGAAAUCUGAGAAAGACAAAAGCAAGAAAGAGAAAGGAAAGAAAAAGAAGGAUAACGAGAAAGAAAAGAAAGUGAAAAAAACAAAAAGUGAAAGUCAAGUAGAAGUACUGUCAGAUAUAUUGGAAUUCGGAAGCAAGGUUUUAAAGCCUCAAGAUUCAUUUAGUCAAACACUUGAUGCACUUAAUGAAGUACUAGACUAUCAUGAAAGUUCUAUUAUAAAGUCUAGCACCAGUAAUGGUGCUCUUGAAGAUAUUAUUAACCAGACCCGGCAACUUACAGUAACGGAGGUAGAUGAUCUCCCACAUAUUAAAGUACCUUUACAAGGAAAAGAUGCUAAAUCUCCACACGCAGCCUUGCCAACAGUUCCUACACAAGUUGGGCCUCAGGAUAUGACACAGCAAUAUGUGCCACAACAACAUCCUUCACAAACAAUACCAGCACCUUCUGUGUAUCAAGUUCCUUCAGUUCCAGCACAGUUGCAACCACCUGUUACACUUGGACCAUCUCUGAUUCCUUCUCAAAUGCCACUAAUGCACUCUUCAUAUCAUACUGUGCCACAAAGGCCAAUAGCACAAUUCCCUCCUCCAACACAGGUACAACCUAUUUUUCAAGUGCAGCAACCAAUACAAGCUCCUACAACACAAUAUCCUUUACUGCAAAUUCCAGCACAACAGGUUCCUCCACCUCCAGCACCACAAGUUCCUCCUCCUCCAGCACCUGCUAUUCUAGCAGCACAGGUUCUUGCACCCCAGGUUCCUCCGCCUCCAGUAUCCCAAGUACCUCCAGCAUCACAGGUACCUCUGCCUCUAGCAUCACAGGUACCUCCAGCACCACAGGUUCCUCCACCUCCAGCACCACAGGUUCCUCCACCUCCAGCACCACAGGUUCAUCCACCUCCAGCACCACAGGUCCCUCCACCUCCAGCACCCCAGGUACCUCCAGCUCCAACACCACAGGUACCUCCACCUCCAGCACCACAGGUACCUCCACCUCCAGCACCACAGGUACCUCCAACUCCAGCACCACAGGUACCUCCAACUCCAGCACCACAGGUACCUCCACCUCCAACACCCCAGGUACCUCCACCUUUAGUACCCCAGGUAACUCUGCCUCCAGCAUUACAAGCUCCAGCACCCCAGGUUCCUCCACCUCCAGCAUCACAGGUUCCUCCACCUCCAGCAUCACAGGUACCUCCGCCUCCAGCACCACAGGUUCUUCCACCUCCAGCACCCCAGGUUCCUCCACCUCCAGCAACACACAUUCCUCCACCUCCAGCAACACAAGGUCCAGUUCCUCCAACCCAGACUCCUACUACUCCUCCAACACAACCUCCACCACCACCACCUCCUCCUCCUCCUCCUCCAGGAGAAAUGCCUCCUCCCUCACUACAGCAAACUUCACCACCGCCAUCCCCUCCACCACCACCACCUCCCCCUCCUCUUCCAGGUGAGAUACCUCCUCCUUCACUACAGCAAACUUCACCAUCGCCAUCACCUCCACUACCUCCUCCUCCAGGAGAAAUACCUCCUCCUUCACUGCAGCAAACUUCACCACCACCACCACCACCACCACCACCACCACCACCACCUCCUCCUCCUCCUCUUUUGCAUGAUUCCAAACUACCUCCAGCAACAGAUAGUUCUCCACAACCAUCUCCAACACAAGAUCCAUCAUUAUCUGUUAAUAGCACUCAAUCAAACAAAUCUCCUCCAUCAAGUAAAACAGCAUCAUCAGUCCAUGUGAAACGAAACAACUUGUUGGAUGAGAUAAAACAAGGGAGAGACUUAAAGAAAAUAGGUGCACCCAGUGAAAACUCAAAAGGUGGAAUAAUAGCACAAGAAGACUCUGGAGAGUUUCGACGCAUUUCAAUAGGUGAAAGAAGCAUGAGGAGAAUGAAUACACUAGAAACAUUGACUGAAGCAGUGUAUGAAAGAGGAAAGCAAAUGAGAAGAGAGAGUCGUGAUGAAGAUAUGAUGCGGAAAGUUAGUACCUCAACAUGGAUCAAUGAUGAUGAUGACUCCAGUUCUUCAGAUAAGGAAAUACCAAAACGAUUAGAACCAACUCACUCUGUUAAGACAGAGACUGAGAGUGACAGCAGUAAGAUUCCACCCUGGAAGAAAUCCUUACUUGAGCAAAGACAAUUGGAAGAAGAGAGGAAGAAGCUGAGAGAAAAGGAAGAGAAGGAAGCAAAGGAGAAGGAGAAAGAACAAAAAUCGAAAGUAAUUGGUGAUGAUGGUUUACCAGUGCCAAGUUGGAAGGCAGCAAUGCAAAACAAAAAGAAACAAAAGGAAGAAGAAGAAAGAAAGGCUGAACAACAAAAAAAUUCUGCUUAUGAAGCUAAGUUUGAAGGAAUGCCAUUAUGGAAGAGGAAGUUAGUAGAGAAGAGGGCUAAUGAAAAAGCAGUAGAAGAUGCCAAAGCUGCUGAAAAGGAGAAGGAACUGCAAGAUAGACUAAAAGUAAUAGCUGCAAUGCCACAAUGGAAGAGAGAAUUAUUUUUAGAAAAAAAUCCUCAGUACAGAGAAAUGUUGUAAAUAGAUCUUGUUGUUUUUGCUACCUUGUUAUUAUAGUUUUGUAAUGAAAACAUUUUAAAUUAAUUAAA